GAGACAAACACACUGAUUGACACACAGUUCCUCGGCAAGCCUAGUGACUUCAACGGCGAGCCUGGGACCUGGCCUGACUGGAGUACGAUUUUCCGAGCUUAUGCCAGCGCGUGCGAGCCAGCCCUGAAGGAUGCCAUGGACAGGGCUGAGCACGCCGACGCGCCAGUGCUGAACGCGACGUUGCCCGACGACCAGGUGCGCCUCAGCAUCCAGCCCUACUAUAUGUUGGUCAUGCUGAACAAGGGGCUCUCGUUGGACCGCAUUGUCAGUGCGGGGGUGAACGAGGGGCUGGAGGAGCUGCUCUCGUGGGACUUCGAGGGUGACGCCCCCUCGAAGCCGAUUGCGUUCGAGAGGAAUGUCAAGCGCAACGAGCAGGCUGUGGGCGCGGAGUUUCCCGAUGAGAUCCAGACAGGCAUCCUGGUCCGCUCGCUCAAGGAGGGCCCGCUGCGCCACCACUUGCUCCUCAACAGCCAGCGGCUGAACACCUGGGAGCUCGUGAAGGCCGAGGUCGAGAACCUCAGGCGGGCCCAGAUUGCGACGACGGCGAGUACUGGCACAGGCUCGACCCCGAUGGACAUCGAUUCCCCGGCGCGACAGCUGGCAGCUCUCGGCUUCAAUGGUGGCAAGAACGGCAAGGCCGGCAACGGCAAGGGCAGGGGCGGCAAGGACUGCCCGGUCGCCGAGAAGUCUGGCGCCCUGGGCGAGAUUGGCGAGCCUGAGCCUCCUGAGGGCUUGGGCGGCCUCUUCCUGGCGGCGCUCGACCUGUCGACCAUGUCCCCGAGCUGUGAGACGGUGCGCUUCGGGAUCGACUCAAGCGCGGCGGUCGCGGCGACCCCGCGCGCGCUGGGGACCGACUAUCCGAUCACGGAGAGGCCGUCGGGGGCGCGGUGCCUCAGCGCGACGGGCGAGCCGAUCCCAGAUGAGGGCCAGCGCGAGCUCAUGGCGCAGACCGGUGGUGCGUUGCGUGGCAUCAGGGCCCGUGUCACGGGCGUCAGGCGGCCGCUGCCCUCGGUCUUCGACCUUGUGAAGAGCGGCCAUCGCGUGGUUUUCGAGCAGGACCAGCACGGCAACGACAUCAGCCACGCUGUUCACAUCGAGAGUGGCAAGACCGCCCGCUUCACGCGGAGGCAUCGCACAUGGGACCUGGACGCGAGCAUCGUGCCAGCGAAGGAGGUGACCCAGAUGUCCCAGACCCCCGCGAGGGAGCUGCCGCUCUGCUCG